UUGAAAACAAUAAAAACUUCUUUUUUGGAUUUAUUUGUCAGCAAAUCACAUUAAUGGGACAGAAAUAGGAUUCUUCAUUCAAAAAAUUCUCACGAACAUACUUCAACUUACAUUUUGUCAAAUAUCCUUAGACUGAUAAACGACUCCAGCUUCGACAUGUUCAUCAAACAAAAUAUUGCGUACAUACGCACAAGAAUAGACAUCUAAAGUUUAUGUAACUUAACUUUCUACUUCGACAUAUUCGAACCACACAAUCUAAGUAAAGAAGAUGGGAUCCAAGACAUCAAGACCAGUUGAUCCCCCUUCGGUGGAACCGCUGCCACCGACCAGCGAUGAAAAAUUCAUAGAUGUCCUAGUGCAUGGAUGUCAUUCUGUAGACUUGGGACAGGUGAAGCUCGAUCAUGAUUGCCAUAAAGACUUCACCAGACCCAUGUGUGCAAAAUGUCCAAUCGUCCUGUUCGUUUUAUUCCGUUUCGGAGUGGCUGGAUACUCCUUUGUCUUCCUUAUCUAUCACCUGGCGCGGGAAAUAAGUGGUCGAAUUGGCGCCAAAACAUUCAUCUACCUCGAAACCUGGACCUACGUGUGUAUCACUAUCUACCUCCUUCUCUCGUUUAUGAACGUAGCUAUUGAUGUAUACAAGGAAUCCAGAGGAUGGAUUCUUGCUGUUACGACAGGGCAUACUCCGUGGCGUUUUAAGCUACAAUGGCUUUUCUUUAACAUCUCUCUAUCAUCUUCUUGUGUUGGAGGUAUCACAUUCUGGAUCUGGGUGAUCGUGACAGGUAUACUGCCAACAACUCAAGCCUAUGACAUCAUCAAUCUACACGGAAUGUGGAUCAUCAUCGCUGUCCUCGAAGUCGGUAUCGUCACACUGCCCCUCCGUUUUGAGCACAUCAUCUACCCACUCGCUUACGGCGUUAUCUACCUCAUCUUCGCGCUCAUCUACUGGGCAGCAGGAGGAACUGACCCCUACGGUAACCACUAUAUAUACGUCUUUCUGGACUUUGGUCGGCAUCCUGUCCGGUUGAUAUUUGUAGUAGCAGGAGAAAUUAUUGGAAUGUUCCUUAUUCAUGGAUUCUUUACGCUCUUCUUCCUUUAUCGGAAGAAGAUUUUUGCAAAAUGCAAAUGUUGUCCGAUAGAAAAAAGAACAGAAGACGAUGAGCUUCAAGCUGUCUCAACAAGAUAUGGAACGACAAGUGAAUAG